AAUUGAUUGAAACACAAAAUGAGUGGCCGAGGUAAGACCGGCGGUAAGGCUAGAGCCAAGGCCAAGACUCGCUCCUCUCGCGCUGGGCUCCAGUUUCCUGUAGGCCGUGUUCACAGGCUUCUACGUAAAGGUAACUACGCCGAACGCGUCGGCGCCGGUGCGCCCGUCUAUUUGGCAGCCGUGCUGGAGUAUCUGACCGCUGAGAUCCUGGAGUUGGCCGGCAACGCCGCUCGCGACAACAAGAAGACGCGUAUUAUUCCUCGUCACUUACAGCUGGCUGUUCGUAACGACGAGGAGUUGAAUAAACUGCUCGGAGGAGUGACCAUCGCUCAGGGUGGCGUGCUGCCUAACAUUCAGGCUGUACUGUUGCCCAAGAAGACCGAGAAAGCGGCCAAGACCAAGUAAAUUACUUUUCUCCUGAUUUGUACAGAACCAAAGGCUCUUUUAAGGGCCACCCACCUCAACGACAGAAGUGCAGUUUUUUCUUUUGCUCUCCCACCAAAAGAGGAAGAAAAAGGCGGCCGUUGAAUGAUCAGUAAUUACCAGUUAUUGUGUCUUAGUGAAAAAAAAGGCGCAAUGUAACCCCCCCCCUCCCAUUACGUACUGAAUAAGGUUUAAAAGCUCUUAUUCUACUCAAAUAAAAUAAAUGAAUAAAACGAAUAAAAACAAACGAACCACUGUGUAACUGCGCGAGUCAAGGCGAAAUAACAGGCAUGUGAUUAUAAAUGAACCAAAAAUCAGAGUAACGUUACACACCGCGUGUAAGAGAAAAAAAAAUUAAGUAGUUGAGCCCGCCACGGCGGUGGGGCGGUGUCUUUUUUCAAAACAGAAGACGCCCAAUAGCGUUUAGACCACGCAUGAACAGCCGUCCAAUGAGAGGCGGGAACAUCCAA